AUGAAAACAAUUGGAAUACAAUCUGGAUAUGCCAUUCUUUUGACUUCAGAUACAAGAGAGCGGGGUGCCUGUUUUCUGCCUCGUUAUCAUCCUGGUGUAUGGCGUCGACCUGGUCGAUACAGUUGCUGUGAUGACAUCAAUCGUCGUUCUCUUGGUUGCCAGAAUACAACUGACUCUGGGACGAACACCGACGCGUCCGAGGCUCGUCGCUUCUCUGCUUUCCCAGGUUGCCUUCCCCCUGUUACCUCAACCGAAGUCCAGACGCCUUCAGCGCCUCCUCUGGGCGGCCAACAGUCGGUUGCCGUCCAAGCUCCUCCCCCUCCUCCUACUCAGGUGCCCCAGCAAUCUGUGGCCCAGUCGGUCGCAGGAAAGGUGAUAAUGGCUACCCCUCCCGCUCCUCCUCCAAAUCCCGUCAGCAUGUUUACCCAACAGCAGUUACUCUUUCAACAGCAGCAACAGCAACAGCUGUUGCUAGCUCAGCAACACAAGUUGAGCAUGCUUGCUGCUCAACCGCAUUUGCAACAGCAGCAACAACAGUUGGCUUCUCGCCGAUCCGGAAGACUGCCUCAAUCUCCUGGUGGCCAAUCUUUUGAUUGGGUCUACAACGGUUGCUGGCGUAAGGUGUCAGAGGAGAAUGAAAAGACCGUGAUCGCUGUGCAUAACUACAAUCCUGUGCGUGAGAAUCAGCUGCCUCUUCAGAAGGGAGAAAAAUAUUACGUGGUGAAUGACAGUAACGCUCAGUGGUGGUACGUUCGCAAUAUGGCCGGUCAAUCCGGCUAUGUGCCUACAAACUACAUCCACAAACCAAAUAGUCUCAACUCUUUCGACUGGUAUUACAAAGACAUCACUCGCCAACAAGCCGAAGCCAUUCUUUUGGAGGAGAAUCGAGAGGGCUGCUUCCUGGUUCGAGAUUCGGUGAGCAAAAAGAACACCUAUACACUGUCGGUGACUUCGAAGGAUCCGGAUGUUGCUGGUAAGCUGCGGGUGCACCACUAUCACAUCCACCGGACGGAAGCAGGCACCAAUCUUUCCAACGGCCACACUAACGGUGGGGCUCCUGGUGCCCCAGCCAACGGCAGCGCCGGUAACAGUGCCAUUACCAAUGGCGGCAAUGGUGGACAGGUCAACGGUGGAGUGAGUGCUGGUGUUAGUGCAGGUAGUGGCGGUGAGGCGCAGUUCUACCUCUCGGAGAAGCACGCCUUCCCGACCAUUAGCGAGGUGAUUCACUACCACAAACACAACUCCGGGGGCCUGGUGGUGCGUCUACGCUCCCCUCCUGUGAAGGACCGCGAGAGUCCUGUUACGGCUGGUAUGGGUCUCGACGAGUUCGAGCUCGACCCUGCCGAACUGCAAAUCGACCCAGAGCCCAUCGGCAAAGGCCAGUUUGGGGUUGUCAAGAGAGGCAAAUUUCGUAACAUUCCAGUUGCAGUUAAGCAAAUGGUCGAAAACGCUAUGAAUGAGGAGGACUUUAUUGAAGAGGCGAAGAAUAUGCGCUUUCUUAAUCACCCCAAUCUUGUGCAAUUGUUCGGUGUUGUGCUGAAGAAACGGCCCAUCAUGAUUAUCACAGAAUAUAUGAAAUACGGGUCACUACGGGAUUUCCUUCGCCAGCGCCAGUCCCAGUUUUGCAAUCGUCCAGUGGUGCUAGCGGAUAUUUGCGCCCAAGUAGGCAAUGGGAUGGCCUAUCUCGAGCGUGAACAGUUCGUGCAUCGGGACCUGGCCGCGCGAAAUUGCCUGGUUAAGUCAGUUUCGCGCAAUUCAGUAGUGGUCAAGGUGGCUGACUUCGGCAUGGCCCGCUUCCUCCUGGACAACGUUUAUGAGCCCAGUGCUGGAACCAAGUUUCCUGUCCGUUGGGCUGCUCCAGAGGUCUUUCAGUCUGUCUACACUGACAAAGCUGAUGUUUGGAGCUUUGGCAAGUGCAUAGAUUUGGGAUCGUAUACCCUUGUUAAAAAUACUUUUUUUGUGAAUUCAGGCGUUCUUAUGUGGGAGGUGUUUACUUACUGCUUGGAGAAUCCAUACCAUGGGAUGAACAAUUCGCAGGUAUACCAGUUCAUAGUCGAUGGGGGACGUCUGCAUAAACCGGCCGUCUGUCCCGACCGAAUCUACGUUCUCAUGCUCGAGUGCUGGCAACACGAUCGGAAUAGACGCCCAGCGUUCGAGUAUAUCUGUCAAAAAAUCGGUGAUUACUUGGAUCAGAACUGUGAAAACUGA